ACCUGGGGUGUUGUGUGUGUGUGGUGUGUGUUUUAAGCGGCUCCGGCGCGGGACUCUAGAGAACCAAACCCAACAUGAAGGGCGCCGAAGGCAUCGAAAACCCGGCGUUCGUCCCCUCCAGCCCGGACACCCCGCGUCGCUCGUCCUCAUCGCCCUCUCAGGUGCAGGUUUCUGGCGUGACCCCCGACGGCCUCAGAGAAGAUCCGGAUUCGCAGGCACAGGAGGACAAGUCCCCCCAGGAAUCGUCGGGGCCGCCGCCAGGCGCGCCCCCGGCCUCGGCGGCAGAGCCUCCUGGGUCCCCGUCGCUGUCCGAGUUUGAGGAGGGGCCGUGCGGCUGGGGAAACUUCCACCCGCGCUUUCUCCAGCGCUGCAACACGCCGCGGGGCUUCCUCCUGCACUACUGCCUGUUGGCCCUCACGCAAGGUAUCGUAGUCAAUGGCCUCGUUAAUAUCAGCAUCUCCACGAUUGAGAAGCGCUAUGAGAUGAAGAGCUCUCUGACUGGCCUAAUAUCAUCCAGCUACGAUAUCUCGUUCUGCGUGCUGUCCGUGUUUGUCUCGUUCUUUGGGGAGAGGGGACACAAGCCCAGGUGGCUGGCCUUCGCCUCCUUUAUGAUAGGACUGGGAGCACUCGUAUUUUCCUUGCCACAGUUUUUCAGCGGACAGUAUCAUUUGGGAUCCAUUUUUAAAGACACUUGUUUAACAGCACGGAACAGCACCAGCUGUACCUCCUCAGCGUCCUCGCUCUCUAACUAUCUGUAUGUCUUCAUCCUGGGACAAUUGUUGCUGGGCAUGGGCGGCACCCCUCUCUACACCCUGGGGACAGCCUUCAUCGAUGACUCAGCGCCCACGCACACGGCUUCUCUCUACAUCGGAAUUGGCUAUUCCAUGUCGAUCCUAGGCCCUGCCAUAGGCUACGUGCUGGGAGGACAGCUGCUCACCCUGUACAUUGAUGCUGCGUUGGGACAAAGCAUUGAUGUCACCGAGGAUGAUCCGCGGUGGCUCGGGGCUUGGUGGAUUGGAUUCCUCAUCUGCUGGUUCUUUGCCUGGUCUUUGAUAAUUCCCUUCUCGUGUUUCCCAAAACAUCUGCCAGGUACAGCAAAAAUCCAAGAUGCCAAAGUUUCCCAGACUCAUCAGACUAAGAGCAGCUCAACACAGUACACAGAUGAGAAUUUUGGAAAAAGUUUUAAAGAUUUCCCAGCUGCCCUAAAGAAUUUGAUGAGGAAUACUGUCUUUAUGUGUUUAGUUCUAUCAACUUCUUCAGAAGCCUUAGUUACCACUGGAUUUGCCACAUUUUUACCCAAAUUUAUUGAAAAUCAAUUUGGAUUGACAUCCAGCUUUGCUGCUACCCUUGGAGGUGCCAUUUUAAUUCCUGGAGCUGCUCUUGGUCAGAUUUUAGGUGGGGUCAUUGUCUCAAAAUUCAAAAUGACAUGUAAGAAUACAAUGAAGUUUGCCUUGGCCACGUCUGGAGUGGCACUUGUGCUCAGUUUCGUGUUUGUUUAUGCCAAAUGUGAAAAUCAGCCGUUUGCUGGUGUGUCUGAAACAUAUAAUGGGACUGGAGAGCUGGGGAACUUGACCGCCCCUUGCAAUGCCGACUGCAACUGUCUGCGAUCAUACUAUUAUCCUGUCUGUGGAGAGGAUGGGGUCCAGUAUUUCUCUCCCUGCUUUGCAGGUUGUGUGAACGCCAUUUCAAAAUCGAAAUCAAAGGUAUAUCAUAAUUGCUCCUGUAUCCAAAGGCAACCAGAAGUAACUUCAGAUUCAGAAGGCCUUAGCUCUGAGGCAAAAGCUGGGAAGUGUCAAAGCCAGUGUGCAAACUUGACCGUAUUCCUGGGUGUUUUCUUCAUGACAAUUGUCUUCACAUUUAUGGCUGGUACGCCGAUAACUGUAUCCAUCCUGAGGUGUGUUAAUCAAAGGCAGCGCUCACUAGCAUUGGGAAUACAGUUUAUGUUGCUUCGAUUAUUGGGCACAAUUCCUGGACCAAUUAUAUUUGGUACGACAAUAGACAGCACAUGUAUUCUCUGGGAUAUUAAUGAGUGUGGCAUUAAAGGAGCUUGCUGGAUCUAUGAUAACAUCAAGAUGGCCCACAUGCUAGUCGCCAUAAGUGUGACUUGCAAAAUCAUCACCAUGUUCUUCAAUGGACUCGCCGUCUUUCUGUACAAGCCACCACCAGCAGGCGCGGAUGUGCUGUUUCAGAAUCAGAGCACCGUGGUGACCACUGUUGUGGCGGAGCGUGACGGCAAAGCAGAGAAUGAAGGGUGACACCACGUGAGAGCCGUGUAAGGCGGGAAAAUUGAUCUCCCCCGCAGCACUGCCAGCAUUAUGUACUCAGAGUGGACAGAUAUACCUACAAAUUCAUUGACGUGUUUUGUGUGUCUGUGGGAGUCACUUUUGUUUUUAAUGCAAGGGAUAACCUAGUGCCUUCAAAGCCCACUAAAGACUCGAAACACACACACACACACACACACACACACACACACACACACACACACACACCCCUUCCUUGAUUCCCUUGAGUUACCAGUGUAUCCCACAAUGGUUAACAAAACAGCCAAUCAUCAGUUACAAGUUACUUAACUGAUGCCUUUGUUCAGUUUACAACUUGUUUUAAUUUUUGUUGUCAAGAGUUUGGAUGUAUUUAGAAAAUCUAUGAGACCAGAAUUUUAAUCAGGUUUGUGUGAUUUCUAAGAAUUAUUAAAGACCCAUGGAUUUAAAUCCAGUUUUAUAAUCCAUGGGUCUUAAAAAAGAAAAAAGCUCAUGGAAAUGAUUACUAUGGAUAAAGUGUGCAUGGGCUUCCAAAUAUUUUUGCACCAAAAUAAAUGUCUUUUAACUUUGGUUUCUAUCAACUCUUUGAAGUUCAAACCUUUAUUUGUCACUGCAAAUUUUUGAACUAUUAAAUUUAUGUUAAUUGUCUUUUGUUCUGGUCUAUAAUGAAUAAUCAACUUUUCACAUACAGCCUUUCACUUUAUCUCAAGUAUUUCAAGAGGUAAUUUAUUGAUCUUGCUAAUUUUUAAUAUUUAACACCUAUUCUAUGGUAGUAUUAUUCAAUUAUGUAUAUUCCAGUGAAAUCAACAAUAAAAAAAAACAGUGCCAAUUAGACAUGGAAAGAUUUCUUUCAUGAGCCGUUGUUCUACAUUUAUAUACACUCAGCACUUUAAUUUUUUGUGUUAGAAAACUGUUACUUAGUGCAUUCUUCAUAGUCCCUAAAAUAAGAUUUUGACUUACUCAUGCAGUGUGUGUGUUAUGAUUUGAUGAAAAAAUUAAACCCUAUUCCUUAAUGGAAGCUUCAGAUAUUUCACAAAGCUGAAAACACUGUUGCGUUCCUCUCUGUUAAUUCAGGCCAGAAAAGCAGAGAGGAAGCAAGUCAGUGAAUACCAACACAAGUAACUUCUACCCACAUUUAGAAUUUUCCCAAUUUUUGUUAACAUUCAGACUCAGAGAUGACUGCAUUUGGUAAGUGUUGCUUAAUGGUGAGAUGUCAGGUUGCUCCUGGGCUAGUUUUAAGUGGUACUUUAGAUGCAGUGAAACCAGAACACAAACUGAGAGUGAAGAUGUGGUGGGUGACCAGCCUUCGAAGUGCUAAAGAGCUGCAGAAUUUAAGCAAUCACUCAGGGGAUGAUCCUUGACCGAUGAAGGGUCAAGGAUCCUAGUUGCACUUGUAAACUGAAAUUUGAGGGGAUGGGAUGAAUUGGGAGCUCGUCAAGGUAGCACAUUUUUAUAUUAGAAGAUAGAAACAACUUAGAAAUGAAAGAGGCUGGCCUGCUUUCGUCACACAGAAGCAUCGAACAGCAACAGCAUGCAGGGGGUGGGGGGGUGUACAAUGAAAGUGGGAAGAAAGGAAUUCAACCAAAGGAUAGACGGGAAUAUAGAUACAUGACACCUGGAUUGAGAGCCUCCUCCUCACCCCGCUGGGCACAUUUUCAAUGCUUCUUCCUCGUGGUGGAAGUGGCUGUUUUUCUGUUCUGGACAUGGCAGAAGGGAAUUAAAUGGAGGAAUCUCAUGUCUGUUGGUUAAUGGCCAAUCCAAAGGAAUGCACUGAUGGAAGGCUUGUCGCCCUUUGUUGCAAGUGAGGACACAGAAGAGCAAAACAGUCCGUACACAGACAUGAUGCAGUGAACAGGGUACUACAAGGUUGAUCUUCAUAGUUUCUCAGUUAUCAGCAGCUGUCCUGUAUGCUCAGCUCUAUGAUACAGGGUUUUCUGUUUGUUUUUACGAAUUUUUAAGUGACAAUGGUUUAGGGGAACCACUGGUUUAAGGAAACCAAUGAUUUCUGCACUCAGGAGCCAGGCUCUGUGGUUUAUGAUCUGUAUAUUCUGAAAAAAUACCUCUUUUUACAGGGAAUAUAGACACUACUGUAAUUUGUAAUCAUUGGUUUUACUUCUGGAUACAUGUUUUUCACAAUUUAUAAUGAUCUUAAAACUUGAACUUAUUUGUUGAUCUAAUUGUGAUUUUGUAUGUAAUUCAAUGUCAUAAACUUUUACUGUUUGUUUAUUGCAUUGUUGAAAAUACACAUGUGAAACCAAACAUGGGAAUGAUUGUAUAUGAUUGUUUACUAUGUAAUGGAAGGGAAACCAGAAAGAUCUAAAUGUAUUUGUUUUCAUGCUUUUCUGUUACAAACAAAUAUGCAUACAUAUUUACAUAUAUUUUAUUACAUCAGAAUGUUUAUAUUAGGAUAUUUUAAGUGUUGGACCUUAUUAAAUGACAUAGAUUUUGAAAUUCAGCUUCUCCCUGUGGAUAUAAGCAUUAUCUUGGGAUGGCAAAGGGAGGGUACUUCUCUACUUGGUGACUAUAAUUUCCAAACAAGAACAUCUGGCUUUCUGAGAAAAUAAAUAAAUAAAAAACAAAACUUGUAAAA